AUGUCGGGAGCUAUCUUCGUGCCUCUGGAAGGGCUGAGUGCCCUGGAUGUGGCCAGCGGCCACCUGCUCAUGUGCCCGCUGUGCCACACGCAGUACGAGCGCCCCUGCCUAUUGGACUGUUUCCAUGACUUCUGUGCUAGCUGCUUGCGUGGCUGCACCACCGAUGGCUGCCUCACCUGCCCGCUGUGCCAACACCAGACACUGGUGAAGGGGGCCAGUGGGCUCCCACCGCUGGACCGGCUGUUGCAGUUCCUGGUGGACAGCUCGGGGGAUGGCGUGGAGGCCGUGCACUGUGCCAACUGUGACCUGGAGUGCAGCAAGCAGGACGCCGAGACCACCUACUUCUGCAACACGUGCGGGCAGCCCCUGUGCGCGCGCUGCCGCGACGAGACGCACAGAGCUCGCAUGUUCGCGCGCCACGACAUCGUAGCCCUGGGCCAACGCAGCCGCGAUGUACUCCAGCAGUGCCCGAUGCACGCUGAACCCUACCUCAUGUUUUCCACGGACAAGAAGUCACUGCUGUGCAUCCGUUGCUUCCGGGACAUGCAAGGGGAGAGCAGGGCCCAUUGUGUGGACCUGGAGUCGGCCUACGUGCAGGGCUGUGAGCGCCUGGAGCAGGCGGUGCUGGCCGUGAAGGCCCUGCAGGCGGCCACGCGGGAGGCCAUCGCACUGCUGCACACCAUGGUGGAGGAGGUGCGUGGCAGCGCAGCUGAGGAGGAGGCCGCCAUCCACGCGCUCUUCGGCAGCAUGCAGGAAAGACUGGCCGAGAGGAAGGCCCUGCUGCUGCAGGCGGUGCAGAGCCAAUAUGAAGAGAAGGACAAGGCCUUCAAGGAGCAGCUCUCCCACUUGGCCACCCUCCUGCCCACCCUGCAGAUCCACCUGCUCAUCUGCUCCACCUUCCUUCGCUUGGCCAACAAGGCUGAGUUUCUGGACCUGGGCUAUGAACUGAUGGAGCGCCUGCAGCGCGUGGUCACGGGGCCACACCGCCUAAGGCCAGCACAGAGCAGCAAGAUCACCAGCGACUACCGCGCCGAGUUCGCGCGCUGCCUGGAGCCGCUUCUGCAGCUGGGGCCGCGCGGAGCGGCGGGCGCGCCGGGUGGCGCCAACACGUUGGGAGGAGGCUCAAGCCCCAAGGUGCUGAUAACAGCCAGCUGUCCCUCCCCGGGGAGAAAGCUGUCCAGGUCACCAGUGCCAAAGCCCACACUGCACCGCUCCGUGAGCACCAAGGCCCUGCUGGCCGAGGAUAUGCCCUUCGCGGAGCACUGCCGCCACUAUGAGGAAGCCUACCGGAGCCUACAGGGGGAGGUACAGAAUCUGAAGGACCAGGCCCAGGAGCUGCACCGGGACCUCACCAAGCACCACUCACUCAUCAAAGCCGAGAUCAUGGCCGACAUCCUGCAGCGGUCGCUGCAGCUGGACGCCAGGAUCGCCUCGGAGUACACUUCCACGGAGGGCAUGCGAGCCAUUUUCCAGGAGGUUUGGGAGGAAUGCUAUCAGCGGGUAGCCAAUGAGCAAGAGAUUUAUGAAGCCCAGCUCCAGGAACUCCUCCAGCUAAGGCAGGAGAAUGCCUGCUUGGCCACCAUCACCAAACAGAUCACGCCUUAUGUCCGUUCCAUCGCCAAGGUGAAAGAACGGCUGGAGCCCAGGUUCCAGGCACCUGCAGAAGAGGAGUCCGAAAAUUCCCCAACUCCAUAUGACGACAGCAGGACCGGGGAGACCGCGGCCAGGUGAAGCAGGGCUCUGCACC